AUGAAGGUGGAGGGGGUCCAGGAGGACGGGGACUCUGGUUCCGCCUCCGGCUCGGACCGGAGCUCCACGGUUCGUCCCGGUGGUGUGUCCGCGGGGGCGGCGGCCUGCAGCCCCGGCUCGGCGGAGCGCUGCAUGUCCCGGCUGCUGAGCGCCGUGGAGAGCGAGCUGCAGGCGGGGAGAGAGAAGGGAGACCCGACGGAGAGAGAGCUGAGGGUGACGCUGGAGGACGCCGAACUGUGGCGGAAGUUCGAGCAGAUCACCAACGAGAUGAUCGUCACUAAGAACGGACGGUAACCAUGACAACCGCCGAGACUUCCGGCGGUCGCUGUUUCGACCGUAGAAACUUUUUUUAACGAUCCCAGUUUAGUAGAGUCUUGAGUUGAUGGUUUAUGAAUUAUUUAAAUGUAGGGUUGCAUAGGCGAGAAAUUUCCGGUAAAUUUCCGGUAAACUUCCUGAAAAUUUCCGGUAAAUUACAGGUAAACUUCCGGUAAACUACCGGAAACUUUCCAUGGGAAGUUAAAUUGGGGAAUUUUGGAAAUAUCCCAAAUUUAGAACUGUCCAUGGGAAUUAUUGGGAAUUGGUGGUAAUUAAUACAAACUGUAUCAUAUCCGAACAUAAAUGUAAAUAUUUUUGUUUUGUCAUUAGCAGACAUCCAUGCAAAAUAACAAUUUAAAAACAUUUCAAAAGAUUUAUUUGAGUGGCGAUGGUGAUGGUGAACAUGACAUUUUUCUGUAUAAUUAAAAUAACAAAAAAUCAUAUGAAAAAACACAAAAACAAUGACAUGAACAGAACUAUAGUUGGCUAAACAACUGGAAUGGUCUUCAAAAUAUUUGACAAUCAUGUAUAAAUGAUUGUUUGGUUACAGAAAACCGUCUCGCAGGAGUCUGAAGAAACAGCAUCACAUUCGAGGUCGCUACCACCACCAUAAUAAGCUAGACCCUUAAAUAGUCAACAGCUUACAUUUGGCACCUAUUCUUAUUUAAUUUUACAAUCUUAAUACCAUUAUAGAUCAAAUAUAUUUACCCCAGGAUAUUAUCCAAACCUACUUGACUUUCUGAAGUCCAUGGGCUCAAAUGUCUUGUACUUUGGGCUCAUAAGUGUGGUCCAGGGUUCAAGAAAUCAUCUGUGCAUGUGAUUGAGGAGAGGACUUGUAUUAAAUCUGGUUGUUUUAGCCAAGAUUAUAAUACAAAAUAUAUUCUCCAACUAUAUUUAAGUUCCUGUUGAGGGACAACCUUCAAUUUAGUAAAUUUCAGAUUUAUUAUUCCCGUUAAUUCCCAUGGAAAGUUUCUGACUUUGAAAAUUCCUGGAAUUUUGCAACCCCAUUUAAAACCCAUUUCAAUCCGAAACCAGGCAAAUCAGAUGUUGCAACCCAAAAAUAUAUAGUUUUAUGAAAUAUUUAUGCUAAUUUUUAUUACUGUUUAAUCAGCAGGAAUGACUCUGCAGUGGAAAUCACUGCAUAUUCUCAAAAUCACAUCCAAAAACCAUCACCUAUAUGGACACAGGUUAUUCCUACAUCCAUAAACACAAGUUAAAACUGAACCAGGUGAAGAGAAACCACAUUAUAGAUCAUGAAACAGCAUCCUCUGCCCUGAACCCUUUAAUGCCUUUUGUAUCACAUUUGAUACAUACAUUUAUAUACCUCUAUCAAAUCAAUAUGAUCAACAAAUCACUAAAAAAACACCUAAAUACAGCCUGAUAAAUGAUCAAAAUGUCCUCUUUUAGUUAAUUAAUUUGGAAUGAGAUAAAUAAAUUUGUUAAAUUUUGAGGAGAUUUUGAUUUUUUGGUUUUCAGUAGUAAGUGAAAUAAACAUUUCAGCUCCAAAAAAAUGUGAAUUUUCCUGCCAUAAUUUGUGGUUUCAGGUAUUAAAGUGCUACAAAGAGAAAUAAUCCAACGUUCAGAUCAUUAACAUUCAAGCAGAAAUUAAAACUCCGUCUCCUCAGUGAUUCAGUUUUUAAAAACUCUGAAAAUAACUCUGAGUUUGUUCGGUGACUCAUGUUCAGUUUUUUUUUGCAGCUCAGACACACUUUAGAUUUCAGGGAUGUAGUAAUAUUAUAAUGUGAAGCAGCUAAUGUGUGAUUAAUUCAGGUUAUUUUACAUUAGUGAUUUUUGGGGGGUUUGUUUUCUGAAUAUUUUUGACUUUAGAGUCACUCGUUUGUUUGGAGCUGACUCUGGAUCAGUGACCCUGUUAACCGGGUUAUUCAUUAGUCUCGACAGCAGUCGCUCUGUGUGUGUGUGAGAGUGUGAGUGAGUGUAUGUGUGUGCGCCGAGCCGAGGCGUGUUGACCUGCGGAGGUAAAACACUCCAUUCACACCUGCAGAACGCCUCUUCAGCUGCCGUCGUCACUGAUGGAGAGUCUGUUUGUGCGCUCGCUGCUUUAAUCAGUCAAACUUCACAGAUUUGGAGUUUGUGUUUGUUUCAUAUUUUGUCGAUGUUUUCAUUCUUUUCUGGAAUAUUUAAAUCUGUAUUCUGUCAGUGUUUCCUCUAAUAUACUGAGAACAGAGUGUUUUAUACUGAAGGGCUGAUCCUUUAUUUCUAUUCGUCACUUUAAUCGUCCUCAACCUGCUCGAUGUGUAAACUUGGACAUUUUUUAAACUGUGUGUUUAUGUGUGUGUGUGUGUGUGUGUGUGUGUGUGUUUGUGUGUGUGUGUGUGUGUGUAGUCGUAUGUUCCCCGUCCUCAGGGUCAGUGUGUCCGGUUUAAACCCCGCCUCCAUGUACUCCUUCCUGUUGGACUUCGUUCCAGCUGACGGCUGUCGAUGGAAGUUCGUGAACGGGGAGUGGGUGGCGGCGGGCCGGGCAGAGGGGCGAGGUGAGGGGCGGGGCCUCGGCGGCGUGUACAUCCACCCCGACUCUCCGAACUUUGGAGCUCACUGGAUGAAGGCGGCCGUGACCUUCAACAAGGUCAAACUAACCAACAAGGUCAACGGAGGAGGACAGGUGAGAUAACCUGGAGAAAAUCUGAUUGUAGUUUGAUUAUAAUCUGAUUUAAUCUGAUUACAGUCUGGUUAUAAUUUGACUGUAAUCUGAUUAUGAUUAUUAUAUGACAAUAAUAAUCUGAUUAUGAACUGACUAUAAUCUGAUUGAGAUCGGACCCUAAAAUCUGGAUAUAAUCUGAUUAUAUUCAGACUGUAAUCAAAUAUUAAUAUGACUAUACUGUAAAUAUGAUGUGAUCAUAAUCUGAUCAUUGCCUGAUGUGGUUGUGAUGUGAAUAUAAUCUGACUGAAAUCAGAUUAUAAUCUGAUAAACAUCUGAUUAAAGUCUGUCUAGAGUCUGGAUGUAACCUAAUAUGUGAAAACUGUCCAAUAUUAAUCUGAUCAAAGUCUGACUGUGACCUGAAUUCAAUCUAAAUACAGUCUCACUGUGACAGGAUAAUAAUCUGAUCAUAUUUUGCUGAAGUCUGACUCUAAUUUGGGUUUAAUCUAAUUAUAAUUUCAUUAUUUUUUUAUCAUGACUGAUUUGAUGAUAAUCUGAUUAAAGUAUGAGUUUAAUUGCAUUAUAAUCUGAUUAUUAUUAUAAUCAUUUUUCAAUCUGAAUAUGUUUUGAUCAUAAUCUGAUUAGAGUCUGAUUAUAACUUAUUAUUUAUGCUUUUUCUCUAUUCCUGGCUGUUUUUUUUCUCUUUUUUUCUCCUUUGUUUUACAUUUAUUUCUUCUUUUUUACUUGUUGUUUUUCUUUCGUUUGCCUACUUUGCUGUUCGCUCUUCAUUUUACUUUUUUUACUUUUGUUCUUUCAAAUAUUUUUAAAUCCUCCUCUUAUUUCUUCUUACUUCUUCCUCUCCGCUCCACUUUCCUCCUCCAUCCUUUCUUCCCCUCAUCUUCUUCACUCCAUUAUCCUCCUCUCCAUAUCAAGACUGUCUUUACCUCCCUCUCUCUCCCUCUCUCUCCCUCUUCCUGCUGUAUUGUAUUGGAGUGGGCGAGAGACUACUACCUGUAAUUAGCCACUUCAGUCCCUCUCCCCGCUCACUUCACCUGCUCGCCCCCUCGUAACCACGGGAACGGGAUAAACAGCUCUUAAUUGGCCAGCGGCGGUUUAAUGCACUUCCUGUCGAGAGCCGCUCACCACUCAGAGAGGCCUCCACACACACACACACACAUAUGCAUGCGCACACGCACACUACAAAAUUGGCAAUAAUGUUGUUUAUAUUUACCCCAUUGUUCCUGUCCAAACACACACUCACACACACACACACUCACACACACAUGCGCGCAGUAAUGCAGAGCUGGAACAGAGAGCUCGGCCAUAAUGAAAUAAUUGCUCAGCUUAUUUGUACAUUAUGGUAAUUAUGUUUUUUACUGGGAAAUUAAUUUACCCAUCAUGCUUCAGGUGGACAAGAGAGAGAGAGAGGUAAACUAUAUUCGAAAAUACACACACACACUCACACACACUCCAGCUAAUGUGGGCACUGCCAGGGUAAACACACACACACACACACACACAAGAACACACGCACACACACGCUUGUUCAGACGGAGUGGCGGGGUCAGCCAGCCUCUCAUCUGAAUAGAAAACAGUUUGUUUUUGUGUGUCGGCCUGGAGAGCUGUGAUUGGUUAAUUGGAGCUCGUUAGUGAGGGGGAGGAGGGGAGGGGGAGUGAUGGACGACAGAUGGAUGAAAGAGUGUUUGGGGGCCAAAAGACAAAGAUGGCUCCACUCCACAAACUCUCCUCACAGACUCAAACUACACCUGGAUCUGAUUGUUUGUUUUUCAUUCAGUCAAAGUACAAAAAAAAAAAAGCUUUUCAAACUUUCACACCUGAGCUCAGGAGAAACGAACCGUCAGCAGGUACGGAUCAGAGGAGACUGAGUGCUGUGGAUAACCUACAGGUGGACGUGAUGUUUGUAUAAUCAGAUUAAAGGGAUAUUCCGGCGUACAAUUAAGUUAGGGUCAGACACACCGUAACACCGAGUUAGACAUCCCCGUCGAGAGAUGAAUGUUGCCGACCGCUUACUUCUCAAGUUAAACCAACUUUAGUAACGACGAAAGUUGGUUUAACUGGAAUAUCCCUUUAAAUAAGAUUGUAAACAGGCAGUACUUAACAGUGAUCAACAGCAGUAGUUAAAAAAGUGUGUGUAGAUGAGUGUCACAGGUGUGAUCAGGUGUGUCUGUGUCUGCAGAUCAUGUUGAACUCUCUCCAUAAAUACGAGCCUCAGCUCCACAUCGUGUGUGUCGGCUCACGCCAUCGACUUGUCUCCAACGUUUCCUUCAAAGAGACGCAGUUCAUCGCCGUCACGGCCUAUCAGAACGAGGAGGUACGCACACAAAAAAACACACAUGAAACACACACACACUUCUUCCACACUUGAAAUCAUCCUUUUCUGUGGUUUAACUUCUGCAGAUCACAGCUCUGAAGAUCAAAUAUAACCCGUUUGCUAAAGCUUUCCUGGACGCCAAAGAAAGGUACGCCCUCAAAUCACAAAUGUUCAUCACAUACAAAGUAAAAAUAAUACAAAUAUAUUAUAACACUUUUCUGAUUUGGGGGCUUUAUGUGCAAACACACACACACACAUACACUGCGUAAUGUCCUGCUGCUGUUUGAUUGGCUCUCCUCAGGAACCCGGGUGGGCGGGGUUUAGCUGAGUCCCUGGACAGUCGUGCUGGAAUUCAACCCUGUGAGUAAAAAGAAUCACUAACUUAAAUGUUUUUUAAUCAUUUUAACUUCUGGAUCUUUACAUAAACAUUGAAACAUGUUUGAAACACAUUUGAAACACUGACUCAAAGGUGCAGUGUGUUGUAUUUAGUGACGUUUUAUAUAAGGGUAAAUUUUCAGUAUGUAGCAGGCAUGUCCAAACUAUUCCACAAAGGGCCGGUGUGGCUGCAGGUUUUUCUUCUAACCAAUUAAGAGCACGCAGUCUGACCAAUCAGCCAUCUGAGGACUGAGAUCAGCUGAUGAAAUGAAUCAAGUCUGGUGUGCUGCUGCUUGUUUGGAAGAACAACCUUGUUCCGCGCUCGUCUUUUCUUAUUUCUCAGAGUUUGGCCUGUAUAGCCGGGCUCCAGGGGCGGAGCUUGGAUUGGUUACGUAUGAAAUCUCACUGUAUCUGAACCUUCCGUUUGGGUCUGCACAGAGAUUUGAAUGCAGAAAUACUCAGAAAUGCAAUUUUGCACUUCUUUUUCUCAUGAUAUGUCCUCCAGUAUCAGAAAAAUGAAACAUGAACAUGCAGACAACAAGAAAAAUAUGAUUUUCAUCAGAGUGGGUCUUUAAGUCUCAAAUAAGAAUAAACUUUCUUUACUGUGGAGAUAUUAGUGUGUUUUUGUGUGUGUGUUAGGUUGGUCUUUGUGCUCAGCUGGAGGGGGCGGAGCUUUUCCCUACGGCAGCGGCAUCCCGCUGACAUCGCAUCAUCACCACGGUUACAAACACCACGGUUACCCAGGGCGACACACACCGUACCCCACUGCCUACCUGCCCCACCGUUCACACUCCUCAGGUAACUUUGAGUGUGUUGUUCAAAUGUGUGUGCGUGUGUGUGUGUGUGUGUAGACUUUAUUGUUGUUUAUUGGAGUUAACUCUUUCUGAUGUGUGUGUCAGUGUGUUUGUCUGAAGGUGUUCAGGUGUUAUCAGACGGAUGGAGCGGCUCCUCCCCCCGUCCCACCUCCUCCUCCUCCUCUCUGUCCUCCUCCACCUCCCUCCCUCUAACCAGCAGCUCUCCUUCCUCACAGCCUCCUCCUCACAACUCCAGGUGAGGCCCCACCCAUGACCUUAUAUGGUAAACUUAAAGAGGCGGUAUUGUGCUCAUUUUUAGCCCCUGUUAUCGGCUCUGUGUGAUUGACAGCUCUAAGAAAUCCACAUUUAUCCCAGAUUGGUGUUUUUGAAAGCACUCAUCUUGAGUACUGUCUCUUUAAGGCACUUUAAAGGUUUCUGGAACGAAAUUAGCAGUUCCAAAUUUGACCUUAUAUGGAGAUUCACCAACUUGUGAUGUCACAAACUGAGCAAAUUUUAUGCAGAUGAAACUUUGUCAUUCAAUAUUUUAACUUGCUUGUUUUAUACCAUUUGGAAAAAUUAAAAUAUCACCUUUUUAUUAAAAAUAAAUCAUACUUGAUGAACUAAACUAAAAUGAGUGUUAAUAUGGGUUUGUUUGUGUUUAGUCAGUUCCCGUGUCUCUGGACAGUUGGAUGCGGUGAGCUAAGCCCCUCCCACUCACCUUGCACUGCUCUCCAUGGACCAAUCAGCAGCGAGAGUCUCAUGCAGCCUCCCAGCCACAGCAGAGUGGGCGGGGCCGGAUGGGCAAAUGGCUCCACCCACUCUUUCUGAGGAGGAACAUCGGCAUUUAAAUAUUUAACAAAAACACUUUGACGUAUGAUCUCACCAACAUAAAUUUACAUUCAACUGUCGCUGUAAGGGAAAAAAAUUAAUUUCUCCAACCACAAAUAUGUAAAUAUCUGUACAGACCAUCCAUUUAAGAAAAAAGAUUUACAUUUGAUUGACACCUCCAGUGUCCAGUCACAUUUAGUGAUUAAAAAAAAAAGUCAGUUUUGUCUGUUAUUUUGGUCACUGCAUGUUUCCUGUUGGCUGUUUCUCGUCCUUUAAAGGUUCCCCUGAUGCAAAAAAAAUAAAAUCAA